ACUGAACUAGUGCAAUAAGUUAGAGUGAGAAAACAUAUAUUUGUCUCACUUCAAUAUAUUGCACCAAUUCAGCAGUGCAGCUACAAAGAACAGACCUUAAGUUUAUUGCACCAGUUCAGCAGUGCCGGAACGAAAAACAAACCGAUUAUUUCGAGGUUAUAAAGCUGUAAUAUCAAAAUGUCUACCACAUCACAAAAACACAGAAACUUUGUGGCAGAACCAAUGGGAGAUAAACCAGUGACUGAACUUGCUGGUGUUGGAGAAGUUUUAGGAAAAAGAUUAGAAUCUGCUGGCUUUGAUAAAGCAUAUGUAGUACUAGGACAAUACUUAGUACUAAAGAAGAACAAAGAAUUGUUUCAAGAAUGGAUGAAAGAUGCAUGUUCAGCAAAUGCAAAGCAGUCCACAGAUUGCUAUCAAUGUUUGACUGAUUGGUGUGAGGAAUUCUUGUAAAGUAAUUAUGAGAAAUUUACUCGGGAUAUUCUUUUAAGAAAAAAAAUAAUAUUAGCCAUAACGUUUUAUAACAUUUUUAAGAUAUAAGACAUAAUUUCAGUACACAGUUUGGUAUAAUAAUCUUAACAAUAUUUGUUGGGUCUAGUUUCAAAUAAAUUUCUGAAUUAUAUGUUAUAUAUAUAUAUAUAUAUAUAUAUAUAUAUAUAUAUAUAUAUAUUUUCUUGCAUUACAACUGUUAAUUAUUCCAAAUUGAGCUGUUUCCUCAAGAUAACAGUAUGAUGUAUGAAUAUGUGAGUAUAUAGCAUGUAAUUGAGAAAUUUGUUUAGAACUAGAUUUAAUAAAUGUUAAAGCUAUUAUGUCAGUACUAAUCACAUAUUUUAAAUGUAUUUUGCAUAAUAUAAAUAAAAUACGAAUGUAAGGUUUAAUUUGGCAAGCUACAUAUCUUUUCAUAUGUGUUCAUUAUAGGAUUUACCAUAGCAUUUCUUUUGUGAUAUGAAAAAAGAUUUACUCAACUCAAAAGUCAUAAAAUUUAUCCCAUGAUAAUAGGAAUAUUUGUUUUGCAUCUUUUUUAUAUUAUUAAUGACUGAAAUCUUAACAUUGACAGUAAGAUGUUUAUUUAAUGUAUUAAUGAAUAAGUAAGAAAAAACUCAAAUUUAUACAUAGAUAAAUACUUAAGAGAAAUUGUUACAUUUUGAUCAGUACAAAACUUUUUGGAAGAAUUUUGGAAGUGCAGUUUUACAUAUAAAAACACAAAUGUUGAGCCUAGAAAUGUAAAUGUAACAUUUAUGUAGACAUUUAUGUAGACAUAGAAUAAAAUAAAAAUAAGCGCACUUUAUUCAUUUAAAUUAUGAGUGAAAAAUAUUAUUUAAAUCACUUUUUUCACUUUUUUUGUAACUUACAUUAUAAUACAUAUUUAUUUACUAACAUUAUUAAUGUACGAGUAUCUCAACACAUGUUUAGUUUAAAAAUUCAUAAUUAUAGGAACUCAGGAAACUGUGACACUUGAAAGUAUAUAUCACAAACUAAUUAGUGAUGUCUGUUUCCAAGUUUUUUUUUCUGUAUCUAAUGUGCCUGUAGCCCCUCAGUAGAAUUGGGCAUUUACAUAUAAAUUAUGGUAUUCUUUAUAGCUAUGUGUAGUAAGUGUAAAAUUGUAAAUGUAGGAUAUAUCAUCUGUGUAGACAAUUAGUAAUCUAUGGAUGUUGUGUAAAAAAUGUAUGGUUUGCUCUCACACAUGAAUUAGAAAUUAAGAAAA